AUGCCUUCUGUCGACUCGAAGGACUGGAAGUCUGCUGCAGACGCCAAGCGUGAGGCGUUCAAGAAGCAGGUCGACUCGUAUGCCUACGCCCUCCCCAAGGUCGAUUCGUCGACGCUCGAUGUGUCUACCAUCUCGCUCGACGGCGUGAUGGACCCUAAGCACGUCCAGAUCACCAACAUGGAGGUCGGCGAACUCGUCGAGAAGCUGCAGAAGGGCGAGCUGAAGGCUGUCGAGGUCGCAAAAGCGUUCUGCCACCGCGCGGCGAUCGCUCACUCGCUCGUCAACUGCCUGACGGAGGUUUACUUUGACCGCGCAAUCAAGCAUGCGGAAGAACUGGACGAAGAGUUCAAGGAGGGUGGCCCUGUUGGGCCUCUCCACGGUUUCCCCAUCUCGCUCAAGAACCAGAUCUGCGUCGAAGGCGUCGAAUCGAACAUGGGCUACGUCGGCUGGAUCGGCCGCGUGCCGAAGAAGAACUCCGUCCUCGCCGACUGCCUCGUCCGUUCGGGCGCCGUUCUCUACUGCCAGACCAACAUCCCGCAGAACCUGAUGUCGACCGAGUGCAUCAACGCCAUCUACGGCAGAACCGUCAACGGCUUCAACCGCAAUCUCUCCUGUGGCGGCAGUUCAGGCGGCGAAGGCGCGCUCGUCGGCCUUCGCGGCAGUCUCCUCGGCUUUGGAUCCGACAUUGGAGGCUCGAUUCGCGUGCCGUCGUCGUUCAACGGGCUGUACGGUCUUCAUGGCGGAGCCGACAACAGCUGCCAAGGUCUUGAAGCUGUCUCAUCCGUCCUCGGCCCGCUUACGACUUCGGUUGAGGGCCUUCAAAUUGUCACUAAAGCCGUCCUCGCCGCCGAGCCCUGGCGCAAGGACCCGUUCGUCCACUACCAGCCCUGGCGCGAGUCAGUCUACCAGCUCGAGGCGCACGGUGGCGGCAAGGAGAAGCUCUGCUUCGCUUUCGCCUACUCGAACGGACUCGUCAAGCCCAACCCGCCUUACUAUCGCGCGAUGGACAUGACUCGCAAGGCUCUCGAGACGCAGGGACACAAGGUCAUCGACUGGUCCUUCCCCGAGCCUGAGAAGUGCUUCGACAUCCUCAGCCGCGUCUAUGGCGCAGACUCGGGCGAGGACAUCGAGACUGAGUGCGGCAGGUCGGGCGAGCCGCGCAUGUACGGUCUCUGCCCGCCCGAGAACCCCCCUCGCAUCAGCGUCUAUCAGUACUGGCAGCUCUGCUACGAGCGCAGGCUGUUCAUGGCGACCCAGAUCGAGGCGUGGGAGGCGACGGAAUCGCAGACCGGCACUGGUCGUCCCGUCGAUGCUGUCAUUAUGCCGACGUCGCCGUACCCGUCCUUCAGGCAUGACGACCAGCAGGAUGUCAGCUACACCGGUGUCUGCAACCUGAACGACUGGCCGACCGCCGUCUUCCCCGUCACUCGCGUCGACCCCUCCGUCGACAAGCAGCAGCCCGCCCACACCUUCCACAGCGACUACCCCUUCGACAAGAUCAACUACGAGCGCUACGACCCUGAGGUCUUCAAGAACGCGCCGAUCGGCCUUCAGUGCAUCAUGCGCCGCGGCGAGGACGAGGCAGUAAUCCGGGUCGUCGAGAUGGUCGACGCCGCUCUCAAAGCGCAGAAGAAGGCGUAA